AUGACAUCCCUCCUCACAACCCUAGGCCUCCGCGCCUCCGUCACUCCCAACCCAAACUACGGCCCCGCAUUCCUAACAUUCAACUUCAUCCUCGCCUACGGCCUCCUCUCUUCACGCACCCUAAAGCAAUGGUACGGCCUCGACCACCAAGUCUCGCCACGCGAAGACCUGACCAAAUAUGGUGAGGCGGCUGUGCGCGAAGGGAAGAUCACGCGCAGGCAGCUGGACAUGCUCAAGCGCAAUGAGUCGGCGCAUGCUAACGCGGUGGAGAAUUUCCCAUUGCUGGUUGCUGGUGUGCUCUUUGCAUCGUUGGCUGGUGUCCCCGCGCAGAGGGUCAAUGCUGCGGCGUUGUCGUAUACUAUUGCGCGCGUUGUUUAUGGGGCUGUUUAUAUUUAUGUGGAUCAUCCUACGUGGAGUCAGGUUAGGGGCAAAGUAGCAUAG